CGCAGUCAUCGAUCCAUUAACGCUUCCCGAGCUGCUUGCCCGCAUACUCUCCUUUGUCGCAGAUCCCCAAAGGCGCAACCUCCUACCUUGUGCGCUGGUCUCGAGGGCGUGGGUGCAUCCGAGCCAGACCUUGCUCUUCAGAAGCAUCUCACUUUACUACGACUACAAACCCGAAGAAUGGCUCAAAUUGACCGAGAUCUUGCGGGGCUCGCCACGCCUCGCAUCGCACAUCCGAGUUCUCGGGAUGAGUGCCUCUCUAUGUUCGUAUGUGCAGCGGGAACUGCUUCACAUAGCCUUGCCGAAUCUGCGUUCGUUAUCAUUCUCUCACUUCCACGAAAUUACCGGCCAGGAGACAGUGGAUGAUUUGCAGCAACUGAUAUCCACCGCACCUAGACUGCAAAGGGUGGCGUUGGCUUUGAGUUUGCCCGAGGGAUCGUUCUACAACGCCAUCCAGCGCAUCUUCGCACGAUGCUCCCAUUCGCUGCGGCACCUCAGAUUGCAGAUCGGGACUCGUGAAUGGGAUACAGUUGACUUUCGAGGGGAAGAGAAAGUCGUCUCGCCGAGCCAAAUAUUCCUGGAUUCUCUUGAUCUGCCUGUGGUCCCGUUGGAACUCGCCGACGUCUUUAGCCAUAGAGAAGGAUUGCUUUCGUUGGAUCAAUUGCGGACGCUUUGGUGUCUCAGGUAUGAGAUGCUGGAUUGGCCCGGAAUCUGCGUCGUGCGGCAGUCGAUAUAUGCUUUGGAAUUCCAGCCUCCGAUUCCUGACGAGCCAAUCACUUCUAGUUUUGAGAUGGCUGACUUCCCUAAUCUGUCGGUUAUCGGUCUGCGCUACAGCGCAUAUUUGAGCAAGAGUGCGCCCACGUGUCUCGCCCGGUUCUUCCGAGAUGUGUUUCGACCGACCCAGAUGAACAGCACUGUCAAAGUUAUCGUGCUCCCUGAACGAUUGGAUCCUCACUUGGAUUGGCAAGAGGCAGACGCGGUGAUGAACGAGAUUUUCAGUGCUAUGUCGCCUCCGCCCAUGAUUGCGGUAGACCGAUUGGAGGUAAUCUCCCAGUUCCUUCCCAAGCUGAGUCUGUCCGGGCGCAUGCGGAAAAUCAACAGCGAAUACGGCGAAGAGAUCCUCCUCACUAGCAGAUACGACGAUUAGUAAUACAGUGCAGACUCAGAAUCCGUUAUGAGGCAUGCUUGGCAUGUAUACAUCGAUUCAAAAUUGGGCAUAUAAGUACAUUCCGCGUCGCUGCUACCACGCCACUUAGUCUGGACAGUAAGCAUCGAGGAGCUUGGGAUACUUCCGUAUGUCGUAAUCGCUGUAGCUGGGUGGAGUCCUCGGUCGCACUUUGAGAGGGGAUGGAUCCGCUCUGGGUCGAUGACCGCCGCGAGCAAGUCUUGGGAUCUGGUGAAGCUGGCGUCCCUGACGGUCGCAGUCGCCUCGGCGAGUGACGGUGGUAUUGGAGUCUCCUCCUGACUCGCUGGCUACUCUAUCCGGUUGUCCAGCAUCGGUGCGAUCCCUCGCUAGUGUCAUUUCGUUCAUCAUAGCGGCGAGCUUUUGGAGUACUGCGCUAAAGGAUGCUUCGGUCGAGCCCUCGUUGUCCACCGCCGUAUGUGCCUCAGCCGUAGAUAUGGGUUGCCCCGAGUGCUCUGCACCAGGUACGGAGUGUCCGCUUUGGGCGCCGGCUCUGGAUGGAGCUCUGCCGCUGCUGGAAACCCGUUCCCUUCCUGAUGCCCCACCAGGAUCUCCGCGACCAAGUCCACCUCCUUUGCUUCGAGUGCUCGAAUGCCCUCGUGCCAUGCGAAGUUAAGGCUUGUCACAGCGUUUUCAAAACGAAAAGAAAGAGUUGCGGCGACAAGUAGAGGAGCACGAGGCCAGGCUCUCGCGCGGGAGAAAAGGAAGAGUCAUGUGUCAGCAGAAGGUGCGAGUCUGCGGUAAUAGCGAGCGGAUUGCAAUAGCCCAGAUCUUUGAGAAGUUCCACGGCUGUAUGAGAAGGCAGGACAAAAUCGAGGAAGCCAAAUGCGAGCCAGAGAGACUGUCCUCGAACGACACAUCAUCGCCAACUUCUGUCCUCCGAGAUCUGAUGAGGUCCAGCGCAUCAAGGCUUCAGCAUCUGUUUGAGGUGCUCAUCCUGAAACCGGGAUCUGCGCGUCGGCACGCUGAUUGCUGUUCACGGUGCAUGGGACCAGGUUCCUACACUUUCUGCAUUUGGCUGUCGAGGGUGAAUCGUGU